GCUCGCCCCCGCCUUCCCCGCCGUUUCCUCGGCCGUCUACUGCACGGAGCAGGCGCUUCCUGUCGGCCGUGGGGCGCGGGGGCGCAGCUCCCAGCUGGACCAAGGCCCCUGUGCUGGCUGAUGGCACCCUGGAGACUGACCAUCCUUUCUCAGCCUCGGUUUUCUUAUCUGCGAAAUAGGAAGGUCGUGGAGCCCAGAGCGCGGUUCCCGGCGGCCCUUGCGGGACAGGUGAGCCACUCGCCGGCGCCCCGCCCCGCCUCCCGGCGCCUCCCAGGCACUAGAGACCACUGACGACAUCGAGGAAACUGAUGGGAACUGCAGAUGGGCAGUGGGAGUCUCCAGAGGUGGUGUCCAGGGUUUGAGCUGCCCUAAGUCUGCAGACGGGCUGGGCGUGGACCGCAGACAUGGCCCAGCCACUGGCCUUGGUCCUCAAUGUCCCUGAGGCUCUAGGGGACCAGGACCAGGAGCCCAGUCCCUAUGAGGAGAGCGAGGUGCAUGACUCCUUCCACCAGCUCAUCCAACAGCAGAGCCAGCUGGCAGAGGAGGAGCUGGAACUGCAGCAGAGGCAGCUGGUGGCCGGAACCCUGGGGGUCCCAGGCAGUGGUCACCAGACCCUCCUGGGGCCAGAGGGUGCCCCUGUCCACAGCGCAGCCACACUCCGCAUCUUGGCCAGCAUGCCUAGCCGCACCAUCGGCCGCAGCCGUGGGGCCAUCAUCUCCCAGUACUACAACCGGACGGUGAAGCUGCGGCGCCGGGGCAGCCGGCCCCUGCUCGGCGACAUGGUGCGCUCCGCCCGGCCCAGCCUCCGCCUGUAUGACCUGGAGCUGGGCCCCAGGGCCCUCGAGGAGGAUGAGAAGCAAGGCCUCCUGGUGAAGGAGCUUCAGGGCCUGUCGGUGGUCCAGCGGGACCACAUGCUCCGGGGGAUGCCCUUGAACUUGGCUGAGAAACGCUGCCUGCGAGAGAAGAGCCAGAUUCAGAGGGGGAAGCGGAGGGCCCGGCAGGACCGUGGGGGCGUCUUUUCCUGCUGCAGCCGGCUCAGAUACUCCUGCAUCCUGGCCCUGCAUAGCCUAGGGCUGGCGCUGCUCUCGGGCCUGCACGCCGUGAGGCCGUGGCGCCACACACUGAAGCAGAUCGGAGGCCAGUUCGGCUCCAGCGUGCUCUCCUACUUCCUGUUCCUCAAGACCCUGCUGGCCUUCAACGCGCUGCUGCUGCUGCUGCUGCUGGGCCUCCUCGUGGGGGUGCAAGCUGCCCUCCCGCCCGGCCCGCCGGACCCUGCCCCCGCCUUCACAGGGCUGGAGCUCCUCACAGGCGGGGGCUGCUUCACCCACACUGUCAUGUACUACGGGUACUACAGCAACGCCACGCUGAACCAGCCCUGCGUGCCUCCGCGGGAUGGCCACCAGUGCAGCCCCGGGGCCAGCAGCCUUCCCUACAACAUGCCCCUGGCCUACCUCUUCACCAUGGGGGCAGCCUUCUUCGUCACCUGCAUCUCCUUGGUUUACAGGCCCCCGUCACCCUGCCCAUCUCUGCUUGUUCCCAGCAUGUCGCAUGCUUUUGGGGAGAGCUACCGGGUGGGCAGCACCAAGGGCGUCCACGCCAUCACCGUUUUCUGCUCCUGGGACUACAAGGUGACUGAGAAGCGGGCCUCUCGCCUCCAGCAGGACAACAUCCGCACCCAACUGAAGGAGCUGCUGGCUGAGUGGCAGCUGCACAGGAGCCCCCAGAGCCUGCGUGGGCGGCUGCGGCGGGCGGUCCUGCUGGGGCUGGCGUGGCUGCUGUGUCUGGGCACCAUGCUGGGCUGCUCCGUGGCCGUCUUCGUCUUCUCAGAGGUCACGAUCCAGAGCCCGGUGUCUGCCGGCCAGGAGGCGAGGCUGCUGGCUCUGCCCCUGGUGGUCUCCCUCCUCAACCUGGGGGCCUCCUACCUGUUCCGUGGCUUGGCUGCCCUGGAGCAGCAUGAGUCCCCGGGGCUGGAGGUGUACGUGUCCAUCUGCAGGAACCUCAUCCUCAAGAUGGCCAUCCUAGGCAUUCUUUGCUACCACUGGCUGGGCCGCAGGGUGGCUGCCCUGCAGGGCCAGUGUUGGGAGGACUUCGUGGGCCAGGAGCUGUACCGGUUCAUGGUGAUGGACUUCCUGUUUGCACUGCUCGACACGCUGUUUGGGGAGCUGGUGUGGAGGCUCAUCUCAGAGAGGAAGCUCAAGAGGAGGCGGAAACCUGAGUUCGAUAUUGCAAGGAAUGUUCUGGACCUGAUUUAUGGGCAGACUCUGACCUGGCUGGGGGUCCUCUUCGCGCCUCUCCUGCCGGCUGUGCAGGUCCUCAGGCUGUUGCUCCUCUUCCUGGUCAAGAAGGCUAGCCUGAUGGCCAACUGCCAAGCUCCCCGCAGGCCCUGGCUGGCCUCGCACAUGAGCACCGUCUUCCUCACACUGCUCUGCUUCCCUUCCUUCCUGGGUGCCGCCAUCUUCCUCUGCUACGCCGUGUGGCAGGUGAAGCCCUCGAGCACCUGCGGCCCCUUUCGGACCCUGGACACCAUGUAUGAGGCAGGCAGGGUGUGGGUGCGCCACCUGGAGAGUGCGGGCCCCGGGGCCUCCUGGGUGCCCUGGCUGCACCGGUACCUGGUGGAGAGCACCUUCUUCCUCUUCUUGGCAUCUGCCCUGUUGCUGGCCAUCAUCUACUUCAACAUCCAGGUGGUGAAGGGCCAGCGGAAGGUCAUCUCCCUCCUUAAGGAGCAGAUCCGCAAUGAGGGGGAAGACAAGAUCUUCUUGAUCAACAGGCUUCACUCUGUCUACGAGAGGAAGGAGAGGAGCAGAGCUCACAGAAACGAGGAGGCCGUGACGCCCUCUGCCCUGCUUGCAGACGGAGGGGACAGCUGGUGGGACAGUGAGGGGCCUUGCAGGCUCCCCCAGCACCCCCAGUUGCGCUCCGUCACUACGUCCUGGCAGGCAGAGACGAGGAUCUGAGACCCCGUGGGACACUAGGAUGGUGGAGUGACCCUGCUUCCCCCUUCCAUAGGCUGAGCUGAGCUGAAGAUGGAGCGCAGAGUGGGCAGGUGGGGCCUGCGUGCCUCCAGGGGGCCCUGCCCCAUCUGGGACUCUUAUUUAUUUACAUUAAAUGGGUUUUGCAAAAUGG